CGUGGUCACACUUUUUGUUAUAUUAUAGAAGGAGAAAAACGUAAAUUGGCCUAAUUUUUUAUUAAAACUUUUCGUUUACGCUCAACGCGGAUCUUUUUUCUCACGGAUUAAGCCUAAGUCAUUGAUAGCAGUGAAAGGGCUGAUUCGUUUAGAGGCUACGACAAUUGUAAUGGAAUCCUCUACAAAUUUGCUGGAGCGCAUCAGCGCGGGCAGCGAUAAGGAGACGGCCAGCAGCCUCAACGUCAGCGGAAACGAUCAGGAUUCUGGUUUACCCUCGUCGGCAGAGAUGACGAAUACGCCUGUGGCGCAGAGCGCAGCCGGCGAUGAUGAGGAUGCGGAUAUUUUCGAACAGGUGACAAUGAUAUUGCGUAAAAGACGUGGCUGGGGACCACAGGAUUCUCUUAGCCCUAGUGGCCUUGAUCUAGAUUUGCUUGAAGAUGACGAUGAGUUGGUUGAGGAAGAUGAUGCCGGUUGUCCGCUGCCUUCGACGCCAGAGGACACUCAGCUCAUAGAGGCCGAGAUGACCGAAGUCUUAAAGGCAGGUGUACUCUCAGAUGAGAUCGAUCUGGGUGCUCUGGCACACAAUGCCGCCGAGCAGGCUGAAGAAUUUGUGCGCAAGGUCUGGGAAGCCAGCUGGAAGGUUUGCCAUUACAGGAACUUGCCCAAAUGGUUGCAGGACAAUGAUUUCUUGCACCGCGGUCAUCGCCCACCUUUACCAUCGUUCCGCGCAUGCUUUAAAUCAAUAUUCCGUGUUCACACGGAAACGGGCAACAUCUGGACGCAUCUGCUCGGCUGCAUUGCUUUUAUCGGUGUCGCUCUAUAUUUCGUGUCUCGUCCCACAGUUGAGAUACAAUUUCAAGAGAAAUUAGUAUUUGGUGCAUUCUUUAUGGGUGCCAUUAUUUGCUUGGGAUUCUCAUUUGCUUUUCAUACAUUAAGUUGCCAUUCGGUAGAGAUUGGAAGACUGUUUUCAAAACUGGACUAUUGUGGAAUUGCAUUACUCAUAAUGGGCUCCUUUGUGCCUUGGCUUUACUAUGGCUUUUAUUGUCACUAUCAGCCAAAGGUGAUAUACCUGUCUGUGGUUUGUGUACUCGGCUGCCUGUCUAUCAUUGUCUCGCUGUGGGAUAAGUUCUCAGAACCUGCCUUACGUCCGCUACGUGCUGGCGUUUUCAUGAGUUUCGGUCUGUCUGGCGUUAUUCCGGCCAUCCACUAUAGCAUUAUGGAGGGCUGGUUAAGUCAAAUCAGCCGCGCUAGCCUUGGUUGGCUAAUACUAAUGGGUUUACUGUAUAUACUGGGCGCAUUAUUAUACGCUCUUCGCGUGCCUGAGCGCUGGUUUCCCGGCAAGUUUGAUAUUUGGUUUCAGUCACAUCAAAUUUUCCAUGUGCUUGUUAUAGCGGCCGCAUUUGUGCAUUACCAUGGCAUCUCGGAAAUGGCUAUGUAUCGUGUUACUGUCGGAGAAUGUACCGUGCCAAUCGAGCCUAUAACUUUUUAAAUAAUUUAGCAAUUACAAAAAUACAAUCGUCACAUACAAUCACAUGCAUGCACUCACAAAAAAACAUCUGCACUACAAGCACUACACUUGAAGAUCGUAGCGCCGUUUUGACAAUGCAACCAUUUUAGCGUUUGGUACGCAUUUGUUCUUUGUUAAUUGGAUUCAAACAAAAAGCCAACCUUCAGGAUGGAUCAAGAAUAAAAUAGUCUAUUUCCGGAAUGCUGAUUGGAAAACAUACGUUAUUAAAUACUUAGGAAAACCCCGUUUAUUAUAAUCGAAUGAAAUCUGCUGUAGUUUAAU